AUGUGGAGCGGAGGAUGGAAAGGCGGCUGGGGAUGGGACCAAGGCGGUUGGGGAGGCAACUGGGGCUGGGAGAACGGCGGCAAUUGGAAUGGCAACGGGGGAUGGGGCGGAAAAGGCAAGAACGGCAAGGGCAAGGGCGAUAGGAAGAAGAAGGCGGAUAGAGACGGGGACUGGCGAGGAGACGGCUCCGCUGGAAAGAAUUUCACGGAUGCGAAGUUCUCCGAGGCUUCCCAGGAAACUGUGCCGCUGGCCAAUGACGUUGGCCAUGUUGGCCCGAAGACCAUCGGACAGGAGGCGCCCGUAGCUGAUAAUGCGGAGGAGGCGCCUGUAGUUGCGGUUGACGAGUGGCAUCAAAGUGCCAAUGCCGCGGCUUGGCAGGAAUUGGAGUGA